AAAAUUAAAAAUGUUGAACAAAUAUUUCGUAAUAUUCAUGUCACGACUCAGUUCUUACCUGAUGACCUUAAUAAAGGCGAGCAAGCAUCGGUAAAUGAUUUUAAUAUCGAAGAUACUAUCCAAGAAAAUAAUUUUGAUGAAACUGAAUAA